CUUCUAGGAAUGAGCUGGGACCAGAGGCAACACCCCCUAAACAACAUAUUUCCUAGUGUGCUGUCAGAGGCACAGAGACGGCUGGGAUACACAGCUUUUGAUGAGAAAGACAAACACAGGAAUUUCACUAUUUUCAUGCUGCUGCUGCUGUUGAUUUCUUGGUGGAUUUUAUCCCUUAGAGAAUGGAUUCUGAAGAGUGAGCCCAUCACAUCCUACAGUUUCUGUGUUUUUAAAUCCACAGCCCUGGAUGUAGUUUGUAAGUCUCUUUCCUGCUUCCAGAGCUGUACAAGUGAACAAGGACAAGGUCUGCCACACACAAGGCAGGGUUCUGUUACACUAGGCCACCCUUUUGCAAUUCUGACUUUGUUGUCAUUUAUUUGCCCUGCUGGCCCUGGAUGUCACAUCACACUUAGAAGAAAUAUUGGGCUUACAGAAUGCCAUGGACGAACCAUCCCGAAAUGGAUACAGCAGAAAAAUGAUUGUAUUGUACACAUCGCUAACUUCUACUGUGCUGAAAUAAAUGCUGGAAAGGCACACUGACUAUGGAACAUAUGGACACUAAUUUCUGAUUUUGCAUGCUGUAAUUACAGAAAAAUUCAGGGAUCUUUAGUUGUUAUGUGCUUUUGAUUAUUUAUUUAUUUUAUUGACUUUUAUACCCUGGUUCACGACUGCAGUUAUUCACUAGACAAUAAUCCUGUCAUCUCAGUAUGGAUACAAUCAACUGUAUUUUUUGAUAUACUAAUAUUUGUAAUACUUGUUUGUACUACGUUUGGAAUCUUUCAUUCAUUAGUUUAGUCUAGAUGCUUUGAAAGAUCCAAACAAAAAACAACAACUCGGCCUUCAAGAUGAAGAAAAAAAAACGUCAGUGUGUUUUCUGAGUAAUUUGGUUCAAGUCUAAUCAUUCCCAGGACGACCUAAGAAUCAUCCCACCUUCCUUCUCUCAGAAAACAUUUGUCUGAUUUUCUAGAAUUUUUUUUAUUUUCAAGCUUUUUUUUCUGUUCUUGCUGGAACACGGAAUACUUUUUUUUUUAUUCUUGAAUUUUGAUAUUUUACAUUGUGUUUUGAUUGUACUAAAACACUUGAAAUAGCUGCUUUGUUUCUUGUGCUUCCAGAAUUACAAAGGCGUUAAGAUUGGGAUCCUUAAAAUAUAACUGGCUAUAUAUUUACCUCCAAGUAACUAAGGAACACAGACCUUGCCUGUCUUCUCCUAUGGUACUUGUAUCUCUUUUCUCGUUAAGAUGUUUUAUUCUGUCAAAAUAGCAUCUCAUUUCAAGAAGCAGCUGAGGAAGUUAUGGUAGGUCAUUUACAGGAAUACAGUCACCCCAGCACCUCUCUGUACCAGUUUGAAUACCCAGACACCCUCUACAUUUUGGCAGAGCAGUCACCCCUUUUGAGUUUGUUUGAUUUUUACUUCUGCUUUUGUGGAUUGACUUGUGGCCACGAUGAAACGGUUCCAAGCUUGGAAGAACUCUCUUCCUUUUCUCUCUCAUUUUAAGAUUUAUAAAAGGUUAGGUAAUAGUAUGCAUUCAGAUGAGGGCUCAGAAUGGCUUCUGGAGCUCCUGAGCGAGGUGCAGUUACAGCAGUAUUUCCUACGCAUCCGAGAUGACCUCAAUAUUACACGGCUCUCCCACUUUGAUUACGUCAAGAAUGAAGACCUGGAGAAGAUUGGCAUGGGCCGGCCCGGCCAGCGUCGGUUAUGGGAAGCAGUGAAGAGGAGGAAAGCUAUGUGCAAGAGGAAAUCUUGGAUGAGCAAGGUUUUUAGUGGAAAACGUCCAGACUCAGAAUUUCCACCGCUGCCCCAAAGUACUUUCCGCAAGCCUCCCAGCCCACCUCUGCCUGAAGGCCAGCAGGCCUUGACCUGCCUCAUCAGUGAGAAGGACCUCUCCCUUUACGAGAAGCUUGGAGAUGGCUCAUUUGGAGUGGUCAGGAGAGGAGAGUGGAGCACUCCAAGUGGCAAAUUGUUUAAUGUGGCAGUAAAGUGUUUGAAGACAGAUGUUCUUUCUCAGCCGGAUGCCAUGGACGAUUUCAUUCGAGAAGUGAACGCCAUGCACUCCCUUGACCAUGUUAACCUCAUCCGACUUUAUGGAGUGGUCCUCACACACCCUAUGAAAAUGGUAACAGAGCUUGCUCCCCUGGGGUCUCUCCUAGACCGUCUACGAAAGAACCUGGGCCAUUUCUUGAUCUCCACCCUCUGUCACUAUGCUAUUCAGAUUGCCAAUGGUAUGGCCUAUUUGGAAUCUAAACGUUUCAUCCAUCGGGAUCUUGCUGCUAGGAACAUUUUACUCUCCUCCAAUGAUUUAGUUAAGAUUGGCGACUUUGGCCUCAUGCGAGCCUUGCCCAAAAAUGAUGAUCACUAUGUAAUGCAGGAACAUCGGAAGGUGCCCUUUGCUUGGUGUGCACCCGAGAGCCUAAAGACCCGCACUUUUUCACAUGCAAGUGACACGUGGAUGUUUGGUGUUACAUUGUGGGAGAUGUUUACAUAUGGGCAGGAACCAUGGAUUGGACUUAAUGGAAGCCAGAUUCUUCAUAAGAUUGAUAAGGAGGGUGAACGUUUGCCUCGGCCAGAAGAUAGCCCACAGGACAUCUAUAAUGUCAUGCUGCAAUGUUGGGCUCACAAGCCUGAGGACAGGCCUACCUUCGUAGCACUCAGAGAUUUUCUGGUGGAGGCUCAGCCAACAGAUAUGCGAGCGCUGCAGGAUUUCCAGGAGCCAGACAAACUGAACAUCCAGAUGAAUGAUGUCAUAACAGUCAUCGAGGGCAGGGCAGAGAAUUAUUGGUGGAGAGGGCAAAACAAACGAACCUUGACAGUGGGACAAUUCCCCCGGAACACAGUGACAUCAGUUGCUGGUCUGUCUGCUCAAGACAUCAGCCGACCUCUUAAAAACAGCUUCAUCCAUACCGGCCAUGGAGACACUGUACCUGCCCACUGCUGGGGAUUCCCGGACCGGAUUGAUGAGCUGUACCUGGGAAAUCCCAUGGACCCACCUGAUAUUCUAGGCUUGGAUCAAGGUACUGCUCGACCAACUCAGCUCCCUGGAAGGGCAAAAAGGGAGCCACCGCCUCGCCCUCCUCAACCGGCUGCCCUGGUUAAGAGUAAGUUUCAUGGCUCCCUUCUGCGUGCACCUUGCCACUGUCCACUCUGCGCUCUUGUAGUUCCUCUCUUUCAAGAAACGUCUUACAAUCCCAUCAACGGAGAGGACGAAUUUAUUUCUUCAGGAAUUAAGAAGCUCUCGCUUAAGAAGCCAACACCAGUCAAAGGACUUAAACUGGUGAAACCUUCAGCACGAGUUGCUGGAACUAAAAUAACUGAUAAUCAGCUGCUUGGUGUUAAAAGCAGUAGUUUUUCCUCUGGAGACAUUGCUUUAAUUGAUUUUGGUGAAGAGCUCAGUCCACUAAGCCCCGGUUUAAUUUCACCUCUAAUAGAGCAAACUGCUCCCUCUUUAGCUAAACUGGCCAUGGAGGCCUUCUCAUUGCUUGAUAAGACUCCUCCACAAAGUCCCUCACGCUCUCUACCCCGUCCUCUUCAUCCUACUCCAGUUGUAGACUGGGAUUCUAAGCCUCUACCUGCUCCUCCAGCUUAUGACGAGGUGGCCCAGGAUGAAGAUGAUUAUGAAGUUUGUUCCAUCAAUAGCUCUGAUGCCCAGAGAGACAACUUGUCUAAUAACUUUACUCAGAGAGCGAGGGAGAAAGGAGAUAAUAAAUAUGGAUAUGUCCAGGAUACUGAACGUGGCCAGGGUAAAACUAAAGUGGAGGACAAUCUUUUCCUACCCCCAAAGGAUGUGAAGCAGCCCAGUCAGUUUCAGACUUCAGAGAUCUUUGAAGAGCUUCAACAGGAAUGCAUGAAGAGACUCAACGUCCCAGUUUCCUCAUUGGCAUCUUCACCUAGCCCAAACUCAUGUGUUACCAGCAUUAAUGUGACUGCAGCAGAGGACAAACCUCAAAUUCCUCCCAGGAUUCCUAUACCUCCAAGACCUGUUAGGCGUAAUGAACAUGAACGCUGGUCUGGUGAGCUGUCUCCAGCUUUUGGGGGAGAGGAAGUAGUAAGACCACCACUGCUGCCUCCACGUGAUCCAAUGUCUCAGCCCACUUCUAGGACACCAAGCCCUAUGACUCUACAUGUGGGUUCUCCGCAGCAGCGAUCCAACCUCUGCUCCCCUCUCUCCAUUGGUUCCUACCUUUCUACUUCUCCUGGUAAACCAAUGCCUACCACCCAAAGCUUUGCAUCUGAUCCAAAGUAUGCCACUCCCAAAGUAAUACAGGCCCAAGGAAAAGAUGCUCACAAAGGUCCUUGUAUUCUUCCAAUUGUGAAAGAUGGCAAGAAAGUUAGCAAUACACACUACUAUCUUCUCCCUGAGAGGCCUUCUUAUUUAGACAAAUAUGAAAAGUUUUUUAAAGAGGCUAGGAGCCCAGAAGAGGCUCCAAUUUCCAGGAGUGUCACCACUGCUACAGUCCGACCUAUGGUGCAGCAGACAGACUAUAAAGCCAAUUUUUCAUCCAAUAACAGUAAUUGUUCAUCCAAGAAUGCGGUAAAGACAUCCUGCAGCCUUCAAAAAAUUGUUUACGAUGGGCCUGAUGGCUUUAGACCUUCAGAAAAAAUCAGACUGGUUCAAGACAUGGUCCAUGGAGUGACCACUGAGGAGUGCCAGGCAGCUUUACAGAACCACGGUUGGAGUGUCCAGAAAGCUAUCCAAUAUCUGAAGGUGGAGCAGCUGUUCUGCCUAGGUCUGAAGACACGAAUGGAGUGCCACAAAGUGCUGGAGAUGUUUGACUGGAAUCUGGAGACUGCCAGCUCCCAUCUUCUGGAUUCCUACAGCUGUGGACAGCAAAAACGGUGAUGUAGCGCCUUUGGACAGUUGUCUGAAUCUAGAUAUGCUGCCAACCUGCACAACAUUUAGCUACAUGGACUCUUCUGCACAGUAGAUCCAUUGACUGGCAGGGUGGAACCACUUCUGUCUAUCUUGGGACCUGCCUGAACAAUGACUUUCUCCCACUAGUGGGGAAUCCGUUAAACCAACCCAGUGUUUUGCUACAUGGACUUGUGUUAAUGUUGCAUUUUCUGUUUUAAUGUGUUGUUUUUUUCCCUUUUUGUUUGU